CAGGGAAGACACAGGGAGCUCAAUGUGAGACACAGAAAGAAAAGGAGGGGAAAGAAUCAAGUCACUCGUCAGUCCACUCAAGUCUUCUCCACCAGCUCAUUGACUGAAGGAAUCACUAUGGCAGCCCUGAGUCAGAAGAGAAGCUGUGGGCAGAUCAUGAAUGAAUUUGGGGAAUUUAUGUGGAACCCAAGGACCCGGGAAUUCAUGGGCAGAACCGCAAGCAGUUGGGUUUUGAUUGUUACUUUCUAUGUGGUGUUUUAUGCCUUCCUCACGGGCAUGUUUGCCCUCUCUAUUUGGGUGAUGUUACAAACCAUUGAUGACUACACCCCCAAAUACUGGGACCGACUGUCUAGUCCAGGGCUCAUGAUUCGCCCCAAAACAGACUCUCUGGAGAUUGUUUAUAACAUCAAUGAUACUGGAAACUCUGGCUGGGGGGCCUACGUGGCUAAACUAAACUCAGCUCUGGAAGUGUACAACGACAGUGUGCAAAUGCAACAGGGGUCAGUGUGCAACCAGGGGGUGUUUAACAAACAGGACAAUAUGGGGGACGUGAAGAAUAACCACAAGAAGGCCUGUCAGUUCCUGAGAAGCUCCCUGGGCAACUGCUCUGGGCUCGAUGACCCCACUUAUGGCUACAAGGACGGCAGCCCCUGUGUCCUCAUCAAAAUGAACCGGAUCAUCAACUUUCUCCCUGGUGUUAUUCCAAGUCUCUCCAACUCCUCCAUCACCAUAAACUGCACAGGCAAGACCACAGACACUGAGCUCAUGUUGGGGAGACGCACGUAUUACCCCAGUAACGGGACAGUUUUGGGCACCAUGGAUCUCAUGUAUUUCCCAUACUAUGGAAAGAAAGCACAG